AUGCCUGUUACCUUUUGUAUAGGGGCCUUGCCAGCAGCAGAGGAGCAGAAGGAAGACAAUGACUCCCCCCGGAAUACUAAGACUGAUUCCAAAGGUCAAGGGAAAGUGUUGCCCACCUUGACACUUCGUGCUGCAGUGGGCAAGAAUUUGGAUGCACGCUCUGUUGGAGUGGAGCACGGCAAAGGGGCCUUGACAGCAGCAGAUGAGCAGAUGGAAGACAAUGACUCCCCCUGGGAUUCUGAGGUACCUGCUCUGGAGGAGGCAGUGAGGUCCCGCUGGAUCAAUGGCUUCUGGGCUCCUUUCCCUUUGCUGCUGCUUUUGCCACACGCUUGCACCUUGGACCUGGACAUGCCAGUGCUGCAGACCAAGUGUUCAACUGAUUCUGAAGGUCCAGAAGAAAGUGUGCUGCUUCCUGCUGCAGUGGGCAAGACUUUGGAUGCGCGCUCUGUUGCAGUGGAGCACGGCAAAGGGGUCUUGCCAGCAGCAGCAGAAGAGCGGAAGGAUAACAAAGACUUUUCCUGGGGAGAUGAUGACAUUUCCUGGCUUUUGGAGACUGAUGCCAAAGGUCAAGGGAAAGUGUCCGCUGACCCGACGCUUCCUGCUGCAGUGGGCAGGAGUGUGGAUGCGCGCUCCGUUGCAGUGGAGCACGGCAAAGGUUCUCUCUGCAUUGGGCAGGAGUACUUCAUCCCCUUUGGAAAGCCCUGCUCAAGAGAGAUGCUGAAUGUGCUGGCUGUGUUUGCCCGUUUUGUUGCUUCCGCCACCUGA